CGGAGGAAGGGGGAAGUUCGGCCCCUCGGCGCUAGCCCGAGGAAGGAGGAUGACGAUUUAACCCGCCCUCUCCUGCCAGUCCGGCCGCGGGGCGCUCCCGCCGUGCCCGCCGCCCGAGUCUCCGAGCCUCGCCCGGGGAAGUGCCGCAUGGGGCAGGGCCGCUGAAGCGCGGAGUUCGGUGUCUCGCCGUGCCAAAAGCGGGCGCGGGCGCCGGUGCGGCAGUUGGCACAGUUUCGGCGGCGCCUUCGGCGCGAGAGUUGGGGGCGCGGCGCGCCUACCCGGCCAUCUCGGUGCCUUCGAGAGGCGCGAGUUAUGGAGUCCCCCAGCUGCGUUCAGGAUGAGCCGUUCCCGCACCCCCUGGAGCCUGAACCGGGCGCCCCUGCACAGCCGGGCCCCGGGAAGCCGGGCGACAAGCGGUUCCGUCUGUGGUACGUGGGGGGGUCGUGCCUGGACCACAGGACCACGCUGCCCAUGCUGCCCUGGCUCAUGGCCGAGAUCCGGCGGCGCAGCCAGAAGCCCGACGCGGGCGGCUGCGGGGCGCCGGCCGCCCGCGAGGUGCUUCUGGUGCUCAGCGCGCCCUUUCUGCGCUGUGUCCCCGCACCCGCCGCCGGGGCCGCGGGGGGCGUCGGCCCCGCGGCCGCGCAGCCCAACCCGGCCGUGUUCAUCUUCGAGCACAAGGCACAGCACGUCUCGCGCUUCAUUCACAACAGCCACGAUCUCACCUACUUUGCCUACCUGAUCAAGGCGCAGCCAGACGACCCCGAGUCGCAGAUGGCCUGCCACGUUUUCCGCGCUACAGACCCCAACCAGGUUCCUGACGUUAUAAGCAGCAUAAGGCAGUUAUCGAAAGCUGCCAUGAAAGAGGAUGCCAAAGCCAGCAAAGACAACGAGGAUGCCUUUUACAACUCUCAGAAGUUCGAGGUCUUGUACUGCGGAAAGGUGACCGUGACCCACAAGAAGGCCCCGUCGAGCCUCAUCGACGACUGCAUCGAGAAGUUCAGCCUGCACGAGCAGCAGCGCCUGAAGAGCCAGGGCGAGCAGCGCGGCGGCGCGGAGGCGGGCGAUGACUCGGUGGUCUUCGAGGCCGCAGCCUCAGAAGUCCUGGCAGAGGAAGGGGAUGGCCUCCCCAGCAUCCAGCCUGCCUUCGCAGCCGCGGCCGGCCAGCCUGGGCUGCCCAGCUCUCGAGUUGGCUUCCCGGAGCGGAUUUUGGAAGAUUGUGGCUUUGACGAACAGCAGGAGUUCCGGUCUCGGUGCAGCAGUGUCACUGGCGUCUUACAAAGGAAGGUUCAGGAGAACAGCCAAAAACCACAGCCGCGGAGGAGACACGCCAGCGCGCCGAGUCACGUACAGCCCUCGGAUUCGGAGAAGAAUAGGACGAUGCUGUUCCAGGUUGGGCGGUUUGAGAUUAACCUUAUCAGUCCAGACACUAAAUCAGUUGUGCUUGAAAAGAAUUUUAAAGAUAUCUCUUCUUGUUCUCAGGGUAUAAAGCAUGUUGAUCACUUUGGCUUUAUCUGUCGGGAGUCACCGGAGCCUGGGCUGAGCCAGUAUAUCUGUUAUGUGUUCCAGUGUGCCAGUGAAUCCCUGGUGGAUGAGGUAAUGCUGACUCUGAAGCAGGCUUUCAGCACAGCAGCUGCCCUGCAGAGUGCCAAGACCCAGAUCAAGCUGUGCGAGGCCUGCCCCAUGCACUCUCUGCAUAAGCUCUGUGAGAGGGUGGAAGGUCUCUACCCUCCACGAGCCAAGCUGGUAAUACAGAGGCAUCUCUCUUCACUGACAGAUAAUGAGCAGGCAGACAUCUUUGAGCGCGUCCAGAAAAUGAAGCCAGUCAGCGACCAGGAAGAGAAUGAACUUGUGAUUUUACAUUUGAGGCAGCUGUGUGAGGCCAAGCAGAGGACACACAUUCACAUUGGAGAAGGCCCAUCGACAAUUUCAAAUAGUACCAUCCCGGAAAAUGCAACAAGCAGUGGAAGGUUCAAACUUGACAUUCUGAAAAAUAAAGCUAAGAGAUCUUUAACUAGCUCCCUGGAAAAUAUCUUCUCAAGGGGAGCUAACAGAAUGAGAGGCCGGCUUGGAAGUAUGGAUAGCUUUGAACGGUCCAACAGUCUUGCUUCAGAGAAGGACUAUUCACCGGGAGACUCUCCACCAGGGACACCACCAGCCUCCCCACUGUCCUCAGCUUGGCAGACAUUCCCUGAAGAGGAUUCUGACUCCCCACAGUUUCGAAGACGGGCACACACGUUCAGCCACCCACCUUCAAGCACAAAGAGAAAGCUGAAUUUACAGGACGGGAGAGCUCACGGUGUUCGCUCCCCUCUUCUGAGGCAGAGCUCCAGCGAACAGUGCAGCAUUCUUCCAUCAGUUCGGCGCAUGCCCAAGGAGAGUAAUUCUUCCUCCAGUCUUCCAAGUCUUCACACUUCCUUCUCUGCCCCUUCCUUCACUGCCCCCUCUUUCCUGAAAAGCUUUUACCAGAAUUCAGGUAGACUGUCCCCACAGUAUGAAAAUGAAAUCAGUGAUGGAGAGGGGAGAAAAAGGACCUCGUCUACUUGCAGCAAUGAGUCCCUAAACGCUGGAGGAACUCCCGUCACCCCUCGUCGAAUCUCCUGGAGGCAGCGCAUUUUCCUCAGGGUUGCUUCUCCCAUGAACAAAUCUCCCUCAGCAAUGCAGCAGGAUGGACUGGACAGGAACGAGCUGCUGCCACUGUCCCCUCUUGCUCCAACCAUGGAGGAGGAACCCCUGGUUAUAUUCAUGUCUGGUGAAGAUGAUGACCCGGAGAAGGCUGAAGAAAGAAAGAAGUCAGAAGAACUGAGGAGUUUGUGGAGAAAAGCAAUACAUCAACAAAUCUUGUUGCUUCGAAUGGAGAAAGAAAACCAGAAACUUGAAGCAAGCAGAGAUGAACUCCAGUCCAGAAAAGUUAAACUGGACUAUGAAGAAGUUGGUGUAUGUCAGAAGGAGGUCUUACUAACCUGGGAUAAGAAGUUGUUGAACUGCAGAGCUAAAAUCAGAAGCGAUAUGGAAGACAUUCAUAUUUGUCUUAAAGAAGGAAGGACAUUUCCUACUCACCCUUAUUUUUCAGCACAGCUUGGGGCAGGGCAGCUCUCACUCUUUAACCUCUUGAAAGCCUACUCAUUGCUGGACAAAGAAGUGGGUUACUGUCAGGGGAUCAGCUUUGUGGCUGGAGUCCUGCUUCUGCACAUGAGCGAAGAGCAAGCCUUUGAGAUGCUGAAAUUCCUUAUGUAUGACCAGGGCUUCCGCAAACAGUACAGACCUGACAUGAUGUCGCUGCAGAUUCAAAUGUACCAGUUGUCCAGGCUCCUUCAUGACUAUCACAGAGAUCUCUACAAUCAUCUUGAAGAAAAUGAAAUCAGCCCCAGUCUUUAUGCUGCCCCCUGGUUCCUCACAUUGUUUGCCUCUCAGUUUCCACUAGGAUUUGUAGCCAGAGUUUUUGAUAUUAUUUUUCUUCAGGGAACUGAAGUUAUAUUUAAGGUUGCGCUCAGUCUGCUAAGCAGCCAGGAGACACUUAUAAUGGAAUGUGAGAACUUUGAAAGUAUUGUCGAGUUUCUUAAAACCACGCUACCUGAUAUGAAUACAUCUGAAAUGGAAAAAAUUAUUACCCAGGUUUUUGAGAUGGAUAUUUCUAAACAGUUACAUGCAUAUGAGGUGGAAUACCACGUGCUGCAGGAUGAGCUUCAGGAAUCCUCAUACACCUGUGAGGAUAGUGAACCUUUGGAAAAGCUGGAGAGGGCCAAUAACCAACUGAAAAGGCAAAACAUGGACCUCCUAGAAAAGUUGCAGUUAGCCCAUGCUAAAAUCCAGACCUUGGAAUCCAAUCUGGAAAACCUUUUGACCAGAGAGACCAAAAUGAAGUCUUUAAUCCGGACUCUGGAACAAGAGAAAAUGGCUUAUCAAAAGACAGUGGAGCACAUCCGGAAGCUGCUGCCCACCGAUGCACUCGCCAAUUGUGAAUUUCUGCUGAGGGACCUCAACUGCAACCCUAACAACAAAGCCAAGACAGGAAACAAGCCAUAACUGAAGAAGUGCCCUCUCAGCAGAACAUGCUCUUAGAACGGAGAGGAAGGGAAGAGUCUGUAUGCUGCUGGCCCAGCGCUGGACACCAGAGCUGACAGAACCACUUCAGUCUGGUGCUGCGCCCGUGUCCUAGCUGGUGGACCUCGGUCUUACUAGAGUACGCCAAUCCUAAGCCAUUGUACAUAUGUAGACUGGUUUUUUCUGUUGUUGGUAUUGACUAUGUACAUAUAUAUAAAAUGGACACAAACAGUUCAUGCUUUCAUAUCAAAAGAGUAGAUGUAUAUUUAGUGAAUUUUUUUAAAUCAGAACUUCAUGAAACCCCCACCAAAGGGAAGUUAAAAUGAAAUUCCCCUUGGACAUAUGUGAAAUCAUUUUGUCUUUGUAGUGGAACAAAGCUGAGAGCAUCUUUGUAUAUUGAAAUAUACUUGAAAAAAAUGAAUGUAUUUUUUUCUCCAAAGAGCAGCAUGUUUCACUCAGUGGUGGAGAGGUAGAAACAUUUGUGUAACUUUAUGUAUAUCUGUCUUAAAAUCUACUGACAUUAUGUAUAUCUGAUUGCCAAUCAUGCUCCUAUGGAUUUUUCAGGAAGGUGGGGGCCUUCCUCCCCUGCCAGCUUUGUGCCAACUAGCAUGUUGUGUCUACAUGCAUUUUGAGUCAGGCGAGGCAUUACUUUGGAUGUGUGUUAAGGAGAAAGCAAGACAUCAUAGUGGAGUCUACCCACCCAGCUCAAGGUGAAAAAGAAUGUUGCUAGUUUUCUAGCAAAUUAGACCAGCAUUAUUACUCAAACUAAAAAUAUCAGCCUUCCAAAAUUUAAUUUAGGACCUAAAUUGUCUAGAUCAACUUUCUACUUUUUUAAUUUAAAUUACUGCUUAUAGUUGUGAAUGGACUCCCUUUUACUUGGUGCCACAAUUGGUGACAAGGAUUUGGCAUUUUCCCACAAUUGGGAACUCCUAAUUUAGUUCUCUCUACCUG